AUGCUCUAUAAAGCGCGUAUCUGGACUGUUGCUAUCUUAUGGAUUGGGAGUGUGUUUGACAGUGUUCUGUGCAGUGCAGAAAGUACUUCUGUAGAGCACACACUCGAGCAUAGUUUAAGUUCAAAGAAGAAAGACAGUUUAUAUAGAGAUAGUAGAGAAAGUAGAGAUAAAGAUAGGAGAGAUACAAGACUGUACACAAAGGCAUACGCCAUGGAAGAGUAUCCUAACCUGUACAAACAGAAGACCACCAGAGAGAUAUGGGAGAUGUUUGUGGAUCUACUGUGGUUCACAGAGAAAAAAGACCAAAAGUCGAUAGUAGACUCUCGAUCAAACAUCAGCGUGGAAGAGCUGGUGGAAAAGUACAAGAAAAUUAAAAAUAAUGCAAGCAGUAAGGAAACACUGAAGACAAGAGUAGUGCAGUUCUAUGAUAAAUACUUCAUAAAGGAAACACACGAGAAAUACUCAGAUGACGCCUCAGAGGACAAAGAGAACGAAAAUAGUGGAGAAAGUAAAUAUGCUAGAAUGGAGAGAGGCAUAAGAAGUAUAUGGAAGAAGCUUAUAAAAGACAUCACAGCAGAGGAUAAUGGCACUCUGCAGAGUACAAUCACACAGAACAACAAAGUAGUUGUUCCAGGAGGGCGGUUCCAAGAGGCGUAUUACUGGGACUUCUACUGGAUGGCAAAGGGUCUGCACAUAAGCGGUCGAACAGAAGAGAUAGAAGGAAUGAAAAAGAACUUCCAAGACCUGAUAGAUAAGUCGUUCGGAUUCAUCCCCAAUGGCACAAGGUGGUACUAUUCCAACAGAUCACAGCCUCCAUACUUCAUGCAGAUUCUCGUAGACUCAAUGGAGGCCAUGCAGAGACUAAAAGAAAGCGUGAAAGAACAGAUGGAAAAGUACAAAAGAGACAGCAUCGAAGAAAGCGAAAAUAAAAAAAUAAAGGAUGAAAUAGAACAGCCACUGACUGCAUCACACGUAUCAGAGACAGCAAACGAAAUAACUGCACAGCUGGAAAAGGCUGAGCUGGAGUCAGCAGAGAAAGAGUUCGAGUUUUGGGACACAAAAAGAACAGUUACAGUCGAGGUAACAGACGGGCCACAGAAAGGAACAAAGCACAGACUCUCUAGAUACAGCUCAGAAACCAAACAGCCGAGAGGAGAAAUGCUGCUAGAAGACCUAAAAGCCCAUGAGAACUACAUAACUUUCUACAACAAAGAAGAAGAAGACAGUGAGUACUACAGACACAUAGUUUCAAGCACAGAGUCAGGAUGGGACUUUUCAAAAAGAUGGAGAAGGUUUGACGAUAAAAUAAAAAAGUACGGAUUUCUGCAGACGAACAAUAUAAUACCCGUAGACCUAAAUAGCAUCCUAGUGAAGAAUGCUCGAAUUCUCUCAAAAUGCUUUGAGAAUACCGGAGAUAAAGACAAGGCAGAACACUACAAGAACUUGGCAGACGAAAGAGCCAGAGCCAUCGAUGCCAUCCUGUGGGAUAAAGAGAGUAAACGAUGGAGAGAUGUGAUAAUAUCGAAGAAAGAAGAAAAAGGGAGCAAUAGCAGCUCAGAAGCGCUCUACACCUUUGCAAGGAAAAAAGAUAAAGCAUUCUACCACAGUGAUCUGCAUCCGCUGUACAUGGACAUAGCAAGCGAUCCGGAAAACAAAAUACUAGAAGCACAUAAAAAUAUGAUGUGGCUAUCGCGCGAUGGAAUAACUCUGCCGUGUACAAGCAGCAACAUUGCCGGCACAGCAGCAGAAAAUAAUCCGCUGCAACAGGACACAAGCACAAAAACAGAGGUUGAUCUAUUUCAGAAGGAGCAUGAGAAAAAAGACCAGUGGGAUGGGCAUAAUAUCUGA